UGGGGCGGUUAAUUUAGAAAAACUUGAUUUAAGUGACCAUAAAUUCAUUGGCUCUCUAGAACCUUUGAAGGACUUAAUAAAAUUAGAGGAACUGGACAUCAGCAAUAAUCAAUUCACUGGUCCCUUAGAUUUUUUAAGUAACCUAAAGCAAUUAAAAGUACUUGAUGUUAGUGACACGGAUCUAAAUGAAGUAAAUAUCGAUAAAUUACCCAGGAGUUUAGAGUAUAUUUAUUAUUCCACUGAUAAAAGACCAAAUUGUAAAUUAACUACUAUUAUUCCACAGUUAAGGAUAUUUAAUUAUGAAUUUGAAAUAGAAAAAGAUGAACAAGGUCAUCCUAAACUUUUCGCCCAAGGAGGUUUUAGUAAGAUUUAUAAGGCUAAAUGUAAAGAAAUAAAAAAAUACUAUGAAUAUUCUUUUAGUGAAGAUGUGGUUCUCAAAUCUCUCACUAAUUCCCAAAACAUUACUUUGGAAUUUUUGACUGAGAUUGCUAAUACUAAAUUAAUUGAUGGCGACUUUAUUACUAGUAGUAGUAUUAUAGAAUGCUACGGUAUUUCCCAAGACCCUGAAACGGGCAAUUAUCUCAUGGUGAUGGAAUAUAUGGAAGAUGGCAAUUUAAGACAAGUUUUACAAAAUAAGAAUAAGGAAUUAAUCCAUCGAGAUCUCCAUAGUGGGAAUAUAGUAGGAUUUUAUAUCACUGACCUCGGUUUAUGUCAAUUAGUUAAUUCGCAAAAAGAAGAAGGUGAAAUUUUUGGAGUAUUACCUUAUGUAGCCCCCGAAGUUUUGCAAGGUCAUCCUUAUACUCAAAAAUCAGAUAUUUAUUCUUUUGGUAUCAUCGCUUACGAAUUCUUAGUUAAUGCUUAUCCUUAUGCUGAAUUAGAUAAUUUAGGCUUAGAAGCUGAUCCCCAAAAAAGACCAAGUGCUGAGAAGUUAAGGGAGAUUAUUGACGAAAUUAGAGGAUAUUACAAAGAAACGGAACAAGAAUACAACACUUUCUCCCAAUCCACUCCUUACCAAAUCCAUCCUACUGCCAUUACUACUAGCAAACUCAUAAAUACUAAAAAAAUCAGCGAACUAAUAUCCAGUAGAAUGUCCAGUUUAAAUUUAUCAAAAACUUUUCUAACUUACGAUAACUAUCAUUCUACAGAGUUAGACAUUGAUAUUGAAAUGGAAAACAAAGAAGAGACCAAAACAGAAAAUAACUGUAUAACUCAAGAGUUAGGUUUUUAUAUAGAAAUUCCUAUUUCUACUGAAAUAACUAAAAGGUUGAGGUCAAUGUCAAUGGAAGAAGUCCAUCAAAAAGAAACCAAAUCAGUUAAAUUAGAUAAAAUAACCGCAGAAAAAGAAUUUCAAUCUGAACCAAUGGAAAUAGAUGAAAAUAUUCAGAACAGAAAUUGA